UUUACCCAAUAAUGACUGGCGAGUGUCCAGGUCUCCGUUCACUGGGGUUCUGCUUUACUAUAAAUAACUGGUGUAACGUUGCUUAUAAAGCCGAGCUGCAUUUUAGUCAGAAAUCUCUGGAGCUGUGUUGAGGACGAAUCUGAGAGAAUUUUAGCAAAAUGAAGAUUUUUAUUGUCUUUGUCCUUAUUACACUGGACCUCAGUGCAUGUUCUGUAAUAAAUCCAAAAACAUGCCCAGAAGGUUGGACAGGAUUUGGGAGAAAGUGCUAUAGAUAUGUCAGUGACGCCAAGCCCUGGGCCGAAGCCGAGCGGUAUUGUCAGGAUUUGGGAGGAAACCUUGCGUCAGUACACAGCAACCAAACUCAGUCUCUCCUUAAGAGAAUGGGGAAGAUGUUCGGCAGCUACAAACGCACCUGGAUCGGAGGUCAGGAUGCAACUCAGGAUUCCUUGUGGCUGUGGAGCGACGGCUCAGUGUUCGAUUUUAGUGCGUGGCAUUCAGGAGAGCCGAAUCACGCAGGACACCAAGAACACUGCGUAGAGAUGAAUUACGGAGAUGAAGUCCUGUGGAACGACGCCGAGUGCAAGACAAACCUUUACUUUGUGUGUCAGAGAGCACCAAACAACUGUAGGAGCUUAUAACUGCUUAUAACUGCUUAUAACUGCUUUUUACCCAGCAUUUACCCAGAUUAUUUCUUCUUAUUUUCAGUCACAACCAUUGAAAGCAUUAGUCACAAUAAAGAUGAAUUGUGAAGCCUGA